CGUCGAGCCGCAACAGAGGAAAGUAGGUUUAACACAAGCUACAGAAAACGACUUGUAUCGAUAAAUCUUGGUUACCUCUGUUGCAACCUUCAAUCUCGAAGACGGAUUUUGAAUCAGAGAUCACUCAGAUUUGAUAAAUAUGGCAGAGGAAGGAAAUCAAAUUGAGGUGAAGGAUGAAACCCCGGAUCUAGCACCAUUUGACCCCACAAAAAAGAAGAAGAAAAAGAAAGUCGUCAUUCAAGAUCCAGCUGACGAUUCUGUGGAACAGUUGGUUGAGAAAACUGAGAGCUUAUCAGUCUCUGAAGGUCUUGAACCUACAUUUACUGGUUUGAAAAAGAAGAAGAAGAAACAGGUACAAACAGAUCUCUUGGAGGAUGACAAAGAAAAUGCUGAGGAAGAUGUAGAUUAUCCUACUGGAGAGGACGAGGAAGGAGAAGGAAUUGUCUUGGAACAACAAAAACUUCCAUGGGAAGGGACAGAUCGUGAUUACAAGUACGAGGAGCUUCUGGGUCGAGUCUUCCAUAUUCUUCGUGAGAACAAUCCUGAGCUUGCUGGAGACAGAAGGAGAACAGUCAUGAGGCCGCCACAAGUUCUUCGUGAAGGAACAAAGAAAACCGUUUUUGUGAACUUUAUGGAUCUUUGCAAAUCGAUGCAUAGACAGCCAGAGCAUGCCAUGACUUUCUUGCUUGCUGAAUUGGGUACAAGUGGAUCACUUGAUGGGCAGCAAAGAUUGGUAGUGAAGGGUAGAUUUGCACCCAAGAACUUUGAAGGGAUUCUGCGGCGAUAUGUCAAUGAGUAUGUCAUCUGCAAUGGUUGCAAGAGCCCAGAUACGAUUCUUUCAAAGGAGAACCGUCUUUUCUUUCUCAGAUGCGAGAAGUGUGGUUCUGGGAGAUCCGUUGCUCAAAUCAAGGCUGGUUUCGUGGCUCGUGUUGGCCGUAGAAAGGCUGGAACCUAAUUUUGCUCAAUAAUCUACUUCUUCAAUGGAAAGAGGACGGAUACAACCGUAUUAUGCAAGACACAUUCAAAUGGCAGAAAAGGUAAAAUUCUCUUGAGUGCUAAACUGUGUUAUCUCAUAAUAAGCUUUGUACUAAUACAAAUUACGUAGAGGAUGCACCUCGUAGUACUUUCUCUUAUUUGGGUCUAUACACUUUUAUCGGCCGUAGUUUUAUCAAACAGAGUCGGCUUAUUGAUUAUGACAAACUUUCUAACUUCUGUGA